AACUUUAAAUAAAAUAUGAAAAUUUUGUUGUCAAUUGCUAUUUUAUUCGCAACUAUUAUCUCAUCAUUUGCUACCUAUGGUGUGGGUUAUGGAGAUAAUAGUGCUAAUGUUGGAGAGUAUAGUGGCAUCUAUAGUGGUACAUAUGGUCCAUCUUACGGUGUAGGCAAUGGAUGUGGUGGUGGUGGUGGUGGCUGUGGGGUCGGUACGGGAUACGGCGGUUAUGGUGGAUAUGGGGGUUACGGUGGAUAUGGGGGUUACGGUGGAGGAUAUAUACCGGCUUCUGCAAGUCUUGGCUUUAUUGGCACCCAAUACAGCAGAUACUACGGUACCCGAUAUAUUAGUCCAGCCAUUGGAAAUUUUGGCGGAUAUUGUCAACAGUGUUAUCGCAAGUACUAUAGAUAUGGCUUUGGAACUCUUUACGGGUAACCCAUGAUUAUGGUUAUGUGGAUAUACUGUCAUAUGUUACCUGUCCUUUAAUUGUCAAUUGAUUUAUAUAAAUUAUGUUUAAUACACUAUUAUUU